AGAACUUUCUCUUGUGUUCCUGCACCGAGAGGAGAAAGCAAGGCCAACAAUAAAAGCAUAGCUUUUCCUCCUUCUGCGUCUCAAGUUGGAUACUAAUAGCUGGCAUUCGUGGUGUGGGUGAGCAGCAGUUGUGACGUGUGACCCCACCCACCACCCAUGCACCAAGAAGUGGAUACUAACUAACCAACUAUACCCGGGUAUCGGGGGCUUGGAAGUAGUGGGAGAGAAAGUGGAGAGAAAGUGGAUCAGCCAAGAGAACGGGUUGGGGAGUUGACCGAGCCUGUGUAGUAGACCACCACCACGCACUCGACUCACACUGCUUGACAGACAGAUCUCCAUAAAAAAUACACCUUUUUCGUAAUAAUCACACAACAGUCCUUUAAAUUUGUCAAACCUGCCAGAAUAACCCCCAGAAAUAGUUGGGAUAAAAGGGGGACAACAUGGCGCUCAAGGCUACAGUCGGACUCAAAAUAAUGAAUGAGGUGAUCCGAGGCUCAGCAGGUCACACGAAGACCAAGAAGCCAGGGGGAGUGGAAUGGCGAGUACUGGUUGUGGAUAAUUUGGCGAUGAGGAUGGUUUCCGCCUGCUGCAAAAUGCACGAGAUCUCUGCCGAAGGCAUCACUAUUGUGGAAGACGUUUACAAAAAGAGGGAGCCGUUGCCCACCCUGGAUUGCAUAUAUCUGGUCACGCCAACCCAGAAAUCCGUCAACGCUCUAAUGGCAGAUUUUGACAAUUUGAAUCGGGCAAUGUACAGAAAUGUUCACGUCUUCUUUACUGAAGUGUGUCCUGAAGAACUAUUUAAUGAACUUUGCAAAUCUCCUUGUGGAAAAAGAAUAAAAACAUUGAAGGAGAUUAACAUCGCAUUUUUACCUUAUGAAAGUCAGGUAUUUUCUCUGGAUUGUCCGGAAGCAUUUCAGCUGUACUAUAAUCCUUCAUUGUCAGCUGCAAGACAAGCAAGCAUGGAGCGAAUGGCUGAACAAAUCGCCACGCUCUGCUCUACUCUUGGGGAAUACCCCGCAGUCAGAUAUCGGGCUGAUUUCGACCGCAAUGUUGAACUUGCCCAGUUAAUUCAGCAGAAACUUGAUGCGUAUAAAGCGGAUGAUCCGACGAUGGGAGAAGGUCCAGAGAAAGCAAGAUCUCAGUUGCUGAUUUUGGAUAGAGGGUUCGACUGUGUAUCCCCACUUCUUCACGAACUUACGUUUCAAGCUAUGGCGUAUGACUUGUUGAAUGUUGAAAACGACGUUUACAAGUACGAAGCGUCGGCAGGUGCUCCUGAGAAGGAAGUUCUUCUAGACGAAAAUGAUGAAUUAUGGGUAGAACUCCGACAUCAACAUAUUGCUGUCGUUUCGCAAAAUGUUACCAAGAACCUGAAGAAAUUCAUCGAUUCCAAGAGAAUGCCUAGUGAUAAAUCUUCCAUGAAAGAUCUUUCCCAAAUGAUCAAGAAGAUGCCACAGUAUCAGAAAGAACUCAGCAAAUACUCGACUCAUCUUCAUUUGGCAGAAGAUUGUAUGAAAGCCUAUCAGAGUCGUGUUGACAUGUUGUGCCGAGUUGAACAGGACCUGGCCAUGGGUACGAAUGCUGAAGGGGAGAAAAUAAAGGAUCACAUGAGGAAUAUCGUGCCCAUCCUUUUGGAUAAUAAUUCUACCGGAAUUUCAAGUUUUGAGAAGCUGCGAAUUAUUCUGUUGUAUAUUCUGUCAAAGAAUGGAAUUUCAGAUGAAAAUCUGAACAAGCUGAUCCAACAUGCCAAUAUUGACGCAGAUCUUCGCUGCAUAAUAACGAAUCUUUCGCAUUUAGGAGUAAAUGUGUCUGUGGAUGGGAACCGGAAAAAGGUUUACCAAAUCCCACGUAAAGAGAGAAUCACAGAGCAGACCUAUCAAAUGUCUAGAUGGACGCCCGUUGUGAAAGAUAUUAUGGAGGACAUGAUUGAGGAGAAACUAGAUCAGAAGCAUUUUCCAUAUUGGGCUGGACGAGCUGCUUCAUCGACUUAUCGUGGACCCGCCACAAGUGCGAGAUAUGGACAAUGGCAUCGGGACAAAGGUCAACAAAACAUCAAAAAUGUUCCCCGACUAAUUAUAUUCAUUGUUGGAGGCGCAACUUUCUCCGAGAUGAGAACGGCCUAUGAAGUGACCAACAUAUCCAAGAAUUGGGAAAUAAUUAUUGGUUCAACUCACAUUUUGGUCCCUGACGGUUUUCUCUGUGACUUGAAGGAUCUUAGCUGCACCUGAUUGCAUUCCUAUCGAGCAAAACUCCUUCGUCACAUUUCAAAUAAUGAGUCAACAACAGCAGCAGCAGCGACUGUGAAUCCUCGCGACCUUGUUGCUUAUUUCAACACUGUGUCUUCAACACUAACGUCAACGACGCGUCAUUACUGCGAAGGUUACAAACAGCUAGAUUAGCACAGCUAUAUAGCAUUAAUUAGUCAGUUCUUAUUAUAUUUUACUAUAAAUACCUCCCACCAAUGCAGAAUGUGAUGUGUGUAUUUAUUAUAAUUGUAUGUCUAUACGUUCUUUGUGUCGUAUUCCUUCGACCAGAUAAGCAUUCCAUCAACUAACCAACCAAACAAUGAUGUCGAUAUAUGUUCACACAUGUGAUGAUGAGUGACGUGGUCAUUUAAAGUUUUUGUUACCAGUAUUUAUUAACUUAUUCUAAUUUAUUUCCCAACCAAGUAUUAAGAAUCAAAUUUUUAGCUCAUCCAUUACGAUAAAAUAUGUAGAUACAUAAUGCUCCCAUUUGACGAUCUAUACAAGUAAUAAGGAUGAUUUGUGUUCAGCUCUGGUUGGGCAAAGUUAUUUACUAUAGAAGUCUUAAGUACUUAUUAAGCAGAGAUCGUUAAAAUCAAGUUAAGUCUUAUGCAAAUCAUACAUAUAUAUAUACAUUAUUUAACUAAAAUUGAAUAGAAACUAAUGAUGAUUGAUGAGUCACCGGUGCUCUUCCUAGGGAAGAGUGAAAUAACGAAUGAUCGGAAAUCGAUUAUAUGAUAUUUCAUUAAAUAGUUUCGAAAUAGGGAAAAUGUUCUACUGCAUCACCUUUUUAACGGCUUUGGCACGUCAAAUUUAAUUUAACGUCUACUAUGGUGCUUGUGUCACAAGUAAUAAAAAUGAAAAAUAGUAUAGCAGCGGUUGGUAUAAUAGUAAAAUAUAAAUGCUUCUCAAACCUUUUACAUGAUUUAUCAAGACAAAUCGCUUAUCUAGUGAGGAGCAUUAAGCAUGACACAGAAUGUUACUAAAUUGCGAGCGGUGGACUAACGUGCUAAUAAGUAUUAGUAAAUUACCAUAGGGUGGAAGUUUGAAAAUAAUUCCUUAAAUAUUUGUCUCGUGAGAAUCAUGGGAAAACACAUAAAACGUUAUAUAAAUAGAAUUUUGGUUUAAAUGUGAGCAAUUUUAGUCAUCUUAAGAAUGGAUAAAAAUCUUUUCAUCAUGUUCAGCAAUAAAUAUAUAUAGUGAUUUCGUCCUCUUCAUCAUUAUUAUUACGAGAAAAUUAUAAAAUUCACUCUGAAAUAAAGCAUCGAAUCAAACA